GCCGUUUGAACUCUUUCUGUGACCGCUGAAGGUACGUCUUUAUACUCGCGGGGAAACUAUCCGGUAAGAGUUGUUGAUACGAGAAGCAGUUAACCCGUUAAAGCCGCCGCGGUGCACUGGAGGCUGAUGAGUGCCGCCGCGCAAAGUCACUUCACAGACUUCUGUGAAUCCGUAGACUGAGGAGGGGACAGUAUGUCAACAUCCACGGAGAUAACUGAUUAACCGACAGCUUCCUCGCGUGCUCGACACGGUCCGGGACCAAAAAGAAAGACAAAUAAAAGAGAGGGCUGCCGUGGAGGGUUCCCAGUCCUGUGUGGGAUGUUAACGGACUGGUGUCGCGUUGAGGCUGAAGGAGCAUGGUGAAACACCAACCCUUGCAGGUCUAUGAGAAACAGGUCUUUGUGUCCUUUGUCACUGGGAUCUAUGGUUGCCGCUGGAAACGCUACCAGCGUUCCCAAGAUGACAGCUCCAGGUGGGAGUGUACAUGGUUCGUCAUCUUGUGCAGUUCUUUCCUCCUGCUUCUCUUCUGGGCCUACUUCUGGUUGGUGGCACAGAAUGAUUUCAACGAAUUCAACUGGUUGGUGUACAACCGCUCUGGAGAAUGGAGGGACGAGACGAUCCCCAUCCUCGCAUCCACCACCGUGGGAUUCAGCUACAUCACAUUCUUAUUGAUUUUAGCACUUUUCCAUAUAUCCUUGGGCCAGCAGCUAAACCUCUACUGGGUUCACAAGAUAGGACUGUUGGCUACAUUGCUCACCACUAUCUCUGGCGUCAUCUCCAUCGAUGACUUAUGGGGAGAUGAGUGGGACAUCCUGCUGCUUUCACUGCAGUCCACGGCACCUUUCCUGCACAUUGGAGCCCUGGUGACCGUCACAGCUAUCAGCUGGUUGGUAGCUGGGUAUGUGGUCCGCAGAGAGCGAUCCAAUUUCCAGGUGAUGAUGUUGCUGAUUUACAUGGUCAUCCUCCUGGUUGUGUAUUUGGCGCCGCUCACAUUCACCUGCCCCUGCAUCAUGGAUCGCCACAGCCUCCGACCACGGCCAGACAUCAUCGGUCGACGUGGAGCUCCGAUGCUGGCCCCAGAAAACACCAUGGUGUCCUUUAACAGAGCCCUGCAGUAUGGAGCCAGCUCCCUGGAGGCAGACGUCACUAUCAGUGUGGAUGGUUUUCCGUUCCUUAUGCGGGACCGCACGUUGAGACGAACGACAGACAUCCACAAGGUGUUUCCAGCCCGGCAGUACGAUGAUGCCUCUCUCUUCAACUGGACUGAGAUUCGCUCUCUAAAUGCCGGCCAGUGGUUUUUGGAGAGUGACCCCUACUGGACAGUAGAAACCCUCACAGCAAGGGACCGCAGCAGAAUAGGCAACCAGACGGUGUGCAGUCUGGUGGAGAUGCUGCGUCUGGCGGCCCGGGCCAACGGCUCGGCACUGCUCAACAUCCGCAGGCCUCCUCCAGAGCACCCUCGCUACCGGAGCUGGUUCAUGGACACGCUGUGGGCUGUGCAGAAAGCAGGGAUCUCCCAGAAGAGGGUGAGGACUGUGACGUGGACCCCCGACACGGACAGGGGGAGGGUGCGAGGGCUUCAGCAGACCGCAAACGAGAAGCUGUCGUUGGAAGAGAUGAGGCAGAGGGGAAUAACGAGCCUGACCCUCCACUACAGCAAGGCCAGCCACAAAGACAUCCAGGAGUAUCUGGCUAAUAAUGUGAGUGUGACUGUCUACCCAGUGAAUGAGCCCUGGCUCUACUCCCUCCUGUGGUGUAGCGGGGUGCCUUCUGUGUCCUCCGAUGCCCCCCAAGUCCUCCGAAAGGUGCCUUACCCCAUCUGGCUCAUGAGUCGGAACGCUUACAACUUCAUCUGGAUCACGUCCAAUCUGGUCUCCAUCGCCGUCGUCAUCGGGAUUUUCGGUUUCCAAAACUAUCAUGUGAUCAGGUGGAGGAUGAGAGGGAUGCAGACUUAUAACCCGGAGCACAUCAUGCUGAGCGCCGUGGCCCGCCGGACCAGUCGGGACGUCAACAUCAUGAAGGAGAAGCUCAUCAUCUCAGAACUCAACAAUGGGCUGAGCAGCACAGAGGAGCUGUGUCUGUACCCUGAGAACGGUUAUGCCACGUACUCUCAUGGAGGCCUCAGUCACUGAACUAACACACGGCUGGACCUCCGAGUUCAGCGCUCGACUGACUGGACCUUGUUUUGUCCUCAGAGGAAGGAUACCAACUUGUAUCUAAAGUGUUUGGCCUGUUGAUUUAUCAGUUUUUAAAAUAACACAUGUUGUAAAUGUGUAAGUAAUAUAUAAUACAUGCAUGUAAUAUAACUUUUGUAAGUGUAUUUUCUUUCCGUAAUACUGCCAGCAUUUUCAAUGAAAAUAGUUCACCACUUACCUUUAACAUGGCUGUUAAGAGUCAUUUUCAUGUUUUCAGUAUUAUAUCAUCACUUCAGGGGUCAGCUGACCAGUGACCAAAUGUCUCAUGAGUGUUAUGCUAUUUCCUCCUGAACGGAUUUGUGUUUCUCAAAACAUUAUUUCAAUUAGUAAUCAUUUAAACACAUCAUUGUAUCAACAUUAUUACAAGAUACAUUUGGUGUGCUGGGGUAUUGUGAGCAUAUUGUGAUGGAUGUUUUUUUCUGUCAUGCCAUGAUUGGUUUACUGUUUAGUCAUAUUAGCUCUUACAUCUUUCACGUGACUGCCUUUUUAUUUACUAAAUAUUUAGUGUAGUCUUUUAGUUCAAUAAAAGGGGUACAACGUUCUAGUUACAGCUUCACAGCCGCAGGCAUAUCGGCUGUUCAAUAAAAGUGAUCUUUUCUCUUUGAAAAAUGUGCAGUUUGUCUUAAAUAAUAAAUCAGUCAAUUUUUAAAAUGGAAAUAAAGAAUCCUGGAAUCUUUAACAAUA